AUGCUGCUGAUCGCGCAUAUCUUCGGCUCGCGUUUCCCAUUGGAUGAAGCGCUUGAAGUCGCUCGUAGUAACAAUCUGCUGGUUGUGGAGGACUGCGCACAGGCCUUUAUGGGCAUGCAGUACACGGGCGAGAACCGUGCCGAUGUGUCCAUGUUUAGCUUUGGCACAAUCAAGACGGCAACGUCAUUUGGUGGUGCGAUCAUCAACGUCAAGAACUCAGCUGUGCUGAAAGAAAUGCGUCGUCGUGAAAAGAGGUAUCCGAGUCGCACGAACGUGUUCUUUUUCAAGAGAUUAGUGAAGUAUGGCGUGCUGCAUGGUAUCUCUACACCUGCAAUCUACGGUCUGUUCCUCCAUGCCUGUCGAGCUGUUGGGGCUGACCACGAUAAAGUGAUCACUUCGGUGAUUCGUGGCUUCAGUGGUGGAGAGCUGGUGUCAUUAAUUCAGUAUCGCCCGUCUAUGGCUCUGCUUGGGAUGAUGCAUCGUCGACUCACCUGCAUGGAUGAGCAGUAUGUUCUGCUAAGAAAAUCCAAGAGCGAGCAGUUGGCUAACGCCAUCAAAGAUCUUCCAAACAUCCCAGGCCACCGUGCUGACAAACAUUACUACUGGUUGUUCCCUGUUUGUGUGCCUUCCCCAAAGGAUGUUGUCAGUUACAUGAACAAGCAUGGUUUUGAUGUCACGUCGGGGGCUACCCAGUUGACCUACGUGCCGAGUCCGCGUGGACAGGAGCAUGACCCUGUGCACGCUAAGCACAUCAUGACCAGCUUGGUCUACCUUCCUGUCACCCCUGAAACGCCGGACUGGGCCAUUGAGAAGAUGAUGUGCUGCUUCCGAGAUGCGAUUCAAUCGUCCAGCAGACUUUAA